AUGAUAAUUUGUUUGUUACUUAGUCGAUGGCGUGUACGACGUGUUUAUUUGAUUUUUGUUUGCUACCAUUUGCUUGUACUUAUUUAUUCUUUCAUUGCAUACAUCGGCCCUCUUCCAGGAAAGUGCUAUGAUAUAAUAUUGUUCGAAAGUUUUGCUAAUCUCUCAAAUAUUUGCGUGCUAUCUUCAGGGAGCUCACUACUUCCUGACCAUGCUCUUUACUUCGCUCUUAUAAAUAAUGGACAGUACACAAUUAGUCUACAAGAAAAAUCAUCAGAUGCAAUUUAUUGUUACUUCCUCAACGUUAUUUUUGCUAUCAUACAAUAUCAAAACUUUAAAACUGAAAAUGCGGUAAGAGAUAAUGCUCAAGGAGGAUCAAAUGACGGCAUUCUGCUUGCACUUCAUCGUCAGGAAUCUUUAGACCAGAAUCCUGUGCCUGACUUUUUCUCAGCUAAUGUCAAAGUGUUGGAUGAACUUAAGCAAGUAGUGUGCUCUUAUUUCCAUUGGAUUGUAUUAUUAAUUAUAUUAUUGAAUGGAAUACGCCUUUCAUCGUCUAUUUUUUUAUCAGUGAUUCUUAUCAUUCUCGCUUUUAUCAAUCUUUGGAGUGGUGCUGAUCUUUAUCUUUCCCAUCCAACAAUUUUUAUCCAAAAAUGGCGGUUAAUAACUAUUUAUCUCCUUUCUUCAAUUUUUUUGCGCAUAGUUGCAUUGAUUAGUGACGUAGUAUUGGGUUAUAUUUUGAUAAGAAAAAACAAAGAGCAUUAUUAUAUGUCUGUUCACGUUUUGCUCACUUAUUUUGCAAAUUUCGAAGGAAAUGAUACAAAAUCGUAUGGUGCAUUGAAAACAGAUAACUUUCUGUUCGAUCUACUAACUUUUACUGUUCUCUUACUUCAUCUUCGUCUUAUCAGUAGCUGGCAUUUUCAACGUACUGUUAUUGACAUACGAGCUGAUCGAAUCGUAUGCUAUAGAGGCGUAAUAUUACAAACUCAACUAAUUUACAAGGCAAUGACGUAUAAUCAACAACAAGAACGUCGUCGACUAACAAAAAUUAAGCAUAUUAAGGAAAAAAUAGAAAAGCUUAGCUUACCACUCGGAAAAUGGUUUAUUGAGUGUAUUUUUUUGUCGAUUCGUGGCUGGAACGAAAAUUUGCUACAAGCGGCUGACAUAAUGUCAGUAGACAGUGAAAAAACUUUUCGAGCAAAUCUUAUGUCUACCUCAGAUAACGCAAAUAGAGCCCAGAAAACGAAGGAAGAGAGCUCAUUUAUCACACUUUCUGUUUUGUUUUCAAAAUGCGCAUUGUGGUUUGCUCGUAAAACACUUGACUAUCGUUAUAUCCGUCAUGUAAUUAGUAAGGAAAAAAAACUGCUCUUAGAUAAACUUCCUAAGGAGUUAAGCUUAGCUUUACCAAAUUCGCUGGCUAAACUUGAAAAAUGUAAUCUUGGUAAUGAAAUUUGUUUGGUUACCACUUCUCAGGAUAUUGUCAAGUAUAUGACUGAAGUGCACUGUUACUGGCUAAAGUUACCUCUACUUUGGCGUUUGUUAAACUCUAUAGGAACAUUUGUGAUUAUCAAUACGGCCUUUUUAUGUUUCUUAGUAAUCAUCAUUGCUCAUGGCCAGACUGCUUCAUUGCUAACAUUUCCGCUAGCAAUUUUGGUUUUCUUCUGGGGAGCACUGAGUGAACGAAACCAUCGCUUACUUUGGACUAUUGCUAUUUUUUAUGUUCAGAUAAUGAUAGUUAUUUCGCUCUGUUCCAAGUAUACUUCUUUACCUCGGCUUUGUGAUAGAGACUUAAUGAAUUGUGACAGGUGGGGUAUGGCUAUGGUUGUCAGAUUUGUUGGAAUCGCUGAUGAACCGAUAUCUGUAGCCAUUUUCUGCCUUCUUGCCCUUGCACUAUUCACUCAUCGACAUAAUAUGAGAGUAACUUUUACUUCAUAUACUUAA